AUGAAGGAAAGUGCAUCUUCAAGCCCGAGAACCGGUAGCGCAGCCGAAGUUACUUUGCCAGAUAACCCAGCCGUGCUUAACGUAGAUGAACACGCACCAACGCCCUUAUCGCCUGGCAGGACCGGAUUCCCAAAGCAAAGUGGACAAUCGCUUUCGUACUGGCUCCAGCAAGUUCGAUCAGACCCAUUGCUUGAUCAUCGUACUACCAAGCAACUACCCAAGGAAACGGAUACCGUCAUCAUCGGUUCUGGAAUCUCGGGUACGCUUAUCGCAAAGCAUCACCUGGAAACUUGGCCGGAGAAAUCUGUCCUUGUACUAGAAGCUCGAGAAUUCUGCUCUGGUGCGACAGGAAGAAAUGCAGGUCACUGCAAACCAGACCAGUGGCGGCAUUUCGCAAAAUUCGAGAAAGCGUAUGGGCAAAAGCAAGCUAUCAAGAUUAUGAACAAUGAGGCUGCGACGUGGAGGGCUCUGGUUGCAUACGUCAAGGAGAAUCAUGUCGAUUGUGAUCUUUGGGUAGGUGAUACCUACGAUGUCCCACUGGAUGACGAUGUCGCCAAAGUCGCGAAAGAAUGCUUCGAGAGGUAUAGGGACCUAGGGGGCAGGGUCGAACACAUUAAGGUGACACAUGACCCAGCAGAAGCCGUGAGGAUAUCCCGAAUCAAAAAGGCAAAGGCUUGCUAUGCUUGGCAUGCCUCGACGCUGCAGCCGUGGAAACUUACCGCACACAUUAUGCGGGAGAAUCUUAAGAACGGCAUACAUCUCCAGACAUACACGUUAGCAAAGAAUGUUGCAGAGGACUCACUAGGAAGGCGAAAAUGGGUCGUCAAUACAGAGCGAGGAGAUAUCGCGUGCGAUACCGUGGUGUACGCGACCAAUGCCUACAGCGCAGCUCUGGAGCGCUCACUGAAAGGUGUCAUCACGCCAAAACCGCACAUGUGCAACAAAGUCGUGCCGCCUCGAGCUUUGAGUGGCUCCAAGGCUCUCCAGAACUCUUACGGUGUUCUGCUUCCAGAUGGCGGCCUCUUCAGCAUCAAUCCUCGAUGUACCGCCGACGGCGUCGUGAUGGUUGGUGGAUCGAAUCCAGGACAGAAACAAGUCGAUAAAUGGGUGGAGCAGCAUCCAGAGCACUGCAUCGAUGAUGGUCUCGCAAGGGUGGACACUGUCACCGAAUGUGUGCGCGAGUUCGUCGAGAGUAACUUGGAGGGCUGGAAGGAAGCAGAACUCGGGCCUGGUGAAGGCUUCGAUUAUAGCUGGAGUGGCAUUAUCGGUUUGAGCGCAGACGGAGUGCCGUUCGUGGGUGAGUUGCCUGGAAAGCCAGGGCAGUGGAUCUGUGCUGGUCAUCAUGGACAUGGCAUGGCACGGAUUUUUACUGCCGCCCCAGGACUUGUCAAGGUCAUGAAUGGCGAGUCUUGGGCUGCGACAGGUCUGCCCGAUGUCUACGAGAUGACGCCAGAAAGACUGCAGCGCUUGCAGUCGGCGACUGAAGGUGCCCCCAAAGUUGCAAUUGUCUGA